AUCAGUACGGCGUUACGUCCUAGGAUGUUACGUUUUCGGUUUUCAAUUUUCUUUCUUGUCGUACUUCUGUCUUGGCGUUCUUGUGGCGUUUUUUUCCUCAAAAUGAGAAAGAAAUUUUGAACUUAUUUGUUAUUUUUGGAUUCUUCAUAAUUAUUAAUUGUUGAAAAUGGUGAACGCCCGAGUACCGACUGUCUGUCGGAAAACCUAUGUUACUCCCAGAAGACCAUAUGAAAAAGCUAGAUUAGAUCAAGAAUUGAAAAUUAUCGGAGAAUAUGGUUUACGUAACAAGCGCGAAGUAUGGAGAGUAAAGUAUACAUUGGCUAAAAUCCGUAAAGCUGCUCGAGAAUUACUAACCCUUGAUGAAAAAGAACCCAAAAGAUUAUUCGAAGGCAACGCUCUUUUGAGAAGACUAGUUCGGAUUGGUGUAUUAGACGAAAACCGAAUGAAAUUGGAUUUUGUAUUGGGUUUAAAAAUUGAAGAUUUCUUGGAACGUCGUUUAGAAACACAAGUAUUCAAAUUGGGAUUAGCUAAAAGUAUUCAUCAUGCUCGUGUAUUAAUUCGACAAAGGCACAUAAGAGUUCAUAAACAAGUUGUAAAUGUUCCGAGCUUCAUUGUGCGUUUAGACUCUCAAAAGCAUAUUGAUUUCUCAUUGAAAUCACCGUUCGGAAGUGGACGACCGGGUCGUGUAAAGAGGAAAAAUCUUAGAAAAGCCAAGGGCAAAAAUGAAGAAGUCGCUGAGGAAGAUGAAGAUUGAUUUAAAAAUCUUUUUUGUAUAUUUUGUUUUAGGAAUAAACUUUUUUGAAAUUUUA